ACGCAGUCCACACACGUGACACGCAUAGGGCUUCUCCCCGGAGUGGGACAGCUUAUGUCGGUUAAGGUGGUAAACGUCGCGGAAAACUUUACCGCAAAUGUCGCAGCCGACGUGCCGCCGCGUCCUCUCCCUCUUGCGGCCGUUGUCCAGCGUCAGGUCCCCGGGGAAAUGUUCCCCGUUCUCCUGGCCCAUCAUCCCUAUGUUACCGGAGCGUCCACCGAUGUUGGCUCCGUGUUGGGCUUCGUGGUUCUUCAGACGGGAGGCUUCGGUGAAAGCUUUACCGCAAGCCCCGCACGGGAAGAGGACAAUGUCUUUCUGCGUGUUGUGGUGGAAGGCGACGGGCUCUUCUGACCCGCCUGCCUUCUUCGGUCUCCCCCUUCCCCGCUUGGUGCCGUGAUGAAAGGAGCUACCCGUUGUUACAACCGGUAAACCUUCCACUUGCUGGAGGAUGUGCAUCGAUCCAUCAGCGGCGUCCCCCAGGAGUCCACUCCCAUCCACAUGUCCAUUGUUAGCGAAGCUCUGCCCAUUCACCUGCAGCCCGUUCACCAAGUCCUCCUGCUGGGCCACCGUGAAGCCCAGCUCCGUGGAUCCAACGGCCUGGAAGAGGCUGGCGUUUCCUCCCCGUGAGGCCGGGACGAGGAUUUGCACAUUAGAUUGUUUGAUGACCUCCUGGCAGAUCUCGAUGACGGAUCGCAUCAACAGAAACUUGGCAGCUGUCAUCAGUUCGGGGAAGCUCUCCAGCCGCACCACAAUCCUCGACGUGUACGCGAAGUCCAAGAUGUCUUUGAAAACUUUCGGGCUGAUGGUGUGCAUCUCCAGCUCCCUGGCUUCCCCCCCACCGCUGAAGACCGACUCGAAGUACUCGCUGCACGCCGCCAGCACCGCCUUGUGAGCGGGGAAGCUCUCCUCGCCGACGCGCAGGAUCACGUCGCAGAACCUGCCUCCAUCUUUCCUCUGGACGUUGAGGUUGUGUAGCAUCUCGGCGCUGUGCUUGCUCACCUGGAUGAUGGGAAGGGACACAGUUUCAGAAGAAAACCAAACAAAAAUACACAGAAGGCACAACCAGCUGUCCCUUGGAGUCGCCUUGAAAUGAUCCAGCUCAUCACAUCUACAGAACUGAGCCAGCAUCAAGGCGAGCCUUGUUGACUGAAAGUGUGGAGAGAAGAGGCUUCACGUCUAUUUUGGCCUUGUGCAACAGUUCCAGUAUGUCCACUUUCUCUUUGCCCUCCGAUGAUUGAAUGGGUGUGAAGUAUGAAACAGGACCUUGACCAGGAGAUGUGCCGAGCCCUUCAAGACCUUAUAGCGAAGCUCCUCAUGCGGCGUGGACCUCAGGCUGCUUGAGCGGCUGCCUGAAGGGCUCAAGUUACUGGAGAACCAUUGACUGAAGCGGCUUGCUGAUACUGGUCCCUCCCCUAAAACAUCCUCGAUCAUCUAAAAAAGACAGAAGCCAGAGACUGAAAAGGCACUUGGCAAGGAAGUUCCUUAAAAUAUGGAUGCAGAACACAUUUGGACAGAUCCUUCCUCAUGUAGCCAAGUGUCACUACGACAGUGUGCUGCAGAGACGAACAUUUGGGGGAUGGAGAGACGAGUUGUGGGCUUCCAGGAAGGAAUGGAGUCUGUCACUGCGCGCAGAGUGUCAUCACAAGUAUUACCUGCUCCAGUUGACGUUCCAAAGCUGGCAAACAUAUCUGGCACUGCAAGAGGAAAAGAAGAGCAAACUCCAUAAAGCUCAAUGGUUCGAUGAAAGGCGGCGGAAGCGGCGAUUUUUGGACAGGUGGGAGAAUUUCAUCCAGAUGAGACGGCUGAAAAGCGGAAGAAACCAACUGGCACGAAAGCAUCACAGGCGCACAAAUCUUUAUUCAGUGUGGCGUCUAUGGCAGAUAAAGUUGCAGCAGCGUCAAAAGAUUUGCAAUAUGGAAGACCAAGCCUUGACUCACCGGACAGUGAAGCUCCAGAGCAAGGCUUUUCUUCAGUGGAAAGAAAAGCACGCUGCCGUUUGUUCUCAGAGAGAGAACGAAUCCAAAGCCUGGCUUCACUACAUCAGCAGUAUGAAAAAUAAAUCACUGCGUGACUGGAAAAGUUUUGUCCGCUUUCGCCAGCACAAGAGACAGUCACAAGCUAUCGCUACACACGUCGCCUGUCUUCGCCUGACAAGGUUGAGCUGGACUCUGUGGAGGAGCGCUUGGCGUCACAAACAGACUGAGGAGGAGCGUUUGCAAGGCGCAUGGCAGCUGACCAUGCGGGUAUCUCAGCGUCGAGCCUUGCUGCACUGGAGAGCGUAUGUAACACGGCGUAAAGAAAAAGCACUUCGAGGCCACAUGGCAAGUCGACACCAUCAUAAGUGCCUGCAGCGUGCUGUACUGCGGGGCCUGUCACUCCACGUGAGCCAGAAAAGGGCGCAGCAGCUGAACAAAAAGGCAGCUGUCCAAUAUCGUCGCCAGACUAUGAUCAAUAAAUAUUGGAGGCUGUGGAAGGACCGGUUGGAGGAGGCUGAAGACGAACCUUUCCAAACACUGACAGACUUGGCGCUGACAAACUACCGCACAAACCUGUUGAGUCGCUCUUAUGACAACUGGAGAGUUAAGCUUGCACAGCAAAGACACUUGCAGGAGCUCGAGUGGCGUGCUGAUGUCUGGUUUGCAGAGCACUUGUUGCCACACUACUUCUAUUCCUGGAUUGAGUUUACUCACCAAAGAAGGCUGAAGAAAGACAGGACACACAGGGCGGAUGUCUACAACAAGCAGCGCCUGUGCACUUGGGUGUGGUACUCUUGGCAGGAACGGUUGGGGAAACGCAAAGAGGAGAUGCUGUCGCAGCGAAUGGCCAUUCUUCACGAUGAGCAGCGUCGUCUGCAGAGAGCCUGGGCUCGAUGGAGGCGACGGACCCAGCAGGAGAAGGAGAAGCAAGGGUGUCGGCGCAUCUCAGUGACACAGCAGAAAGACGCUACUCCUGAGUUACACGGCAGGAGGAGCAGUGAGGAGCAGGCUUGUCGUCAAGGCAAUCUUUGUCGCAUGAGAAGAGCGUUGGACAAGUGGAAAAAGUUUGUUCAGGGACAGAAGUUCCAGACAAACAGACUGGAGCGGAUGCAGCGCUGCCAUGAAGAUGGAGUCGCCAAGCACAGCUUUGUGGCCUGGAAGGGCCAGUACAGACUCAAUGUGUCUGAGCAGACAGAGCGAGCACUCUGGCACUGGGCCCUCACUCUUCAAGCCAAGGUUUUCUUGGCUUGGAGAGAAGAAACGAAGUGUGCCGUGUUCAUCAGGGCGGACGGUGCUUUAAAUCAAGGCAAUAACUAUCCACGUCCAGCGGAGCCACUGAAGAGGCAGACAGAAAAAUCCCAGGAACAUCACAACACCCAAGUGCUCCUUAAAGCACUGAGAGCAUGGAACAAGCAUCACCAUGCCCGCCUCAAGUAUAAGGUCAUGAAACAACAAGGAAUGUUGGUGCUGAGACGGAAGAUGUACCAGAACUACUUUCAACUCUGGAGGAGGAAGUUUCAGGACACCCUCCAAGUGGCUGAGCAGACGGAACAAGCACUCUGGCAUUGGGCCCUCACUCUUCAAGCCAAGGUGCUGGAUGGGUGGAGGCUGUGGGUCACAGAGCAGCGCAAGAAGAAGAUUGAGGCGGUGGAAGCUGCUCAGGUCUACGGUGAUCACAUGUCCGACAUCAAGCGGAGCCAAAGGCGGCACGACGAAGAAGCACGAUGGCUGCGUAUUCAGAGCGUGGUGAGGUAUUGUUUCAUGAGGUGGAAGCAACGAGCUCUUUGCAAACCACUCGCAGCGCAACCACUGACCACGAAGGUGACAUUCUGUGUCACUGACUUGAAAAAGGAUUCUCCAGCUGACUGCGACGCAGACGUCCUGGACCUAACAUCUCCAAUCAUACGACGACAGCCUCGUCGCUGCACGGAACUGUUUGAGCCUCCUUUGAAUGUUUUACAAUAUGAAGGCACACUUUUGGCUUCCCCAAGACUCUCGGAGCACAGUUGCCCCUCACAGAAAUAUCUUCCUGCACUGUUUUCUACCUCCCUCCGUCAUCCUUCCAUCCCUUUCCCUGCCGCACAUCAAAUGGGAGAUGAAUGGGAUGUGUCCCUUAAGAAAAUUCCACUUUCCACUGAGGACGCAACCCACACACCUCGUGACCUGCUACUGCCUCCUGCUGCGUUCAUGAGCACAGAAAAGACGGACAUUUUGUUGGGAAAUGGGAGCAUACGUCUUCAAGACGUGCAUCCGAUUGCACCGAGUGGAGAAACUGAUGAGCCGUCUUCGCUGAUAAUCGAGCUAAGGAGCAUCCAACAGGACAUGAGGAGUUUCCAGCAGGACAGGAAGCAACUCAGGCUCUGGCAGAGAACAAAAGAUGUGUUGCAGUGUUGGCUGCAGACCAGCGGAAAAGAUGAGGACGUGGAUAAAAAUUCAGUGUGUCAACAGAUGAAGGAGAUGGAGGAGCGCAUCGACAGACUGUCCCGUGAGCUGGAAAAACGAAGGCCCGCCAUGCGCUUGCAUGCAGAAAGAGUCCGACGUUUACAAACUGCCCUCGACUCCUCAGGUUUUUCUUCACUUUAUAAGCAAGCGCAGAUGUAAAUAAAUCACUUUGAGGAGUUUGGUCAAGAUUGCCAACAUGUACGCAUUUGUUGUACUCGGCACGCAUUGUCAGUUUUGUGAUUACAGCUGUUUCGGUGUAUUGUCAACAUUGUAAAAUUGCAUGUCGCUUGUACAUAACAAAGUACAUUUUAUUCUGCGUUACACUCUGUAUACUGAAUGGCAAUAAAGCUUUAUUUGAAUUGA